UUCAGCCGAUUUUCUCAGAGAGAGGUUCGAAUUUCUAGGGUUUUUCUGGGGAUUUGGAUACGCAGAUCGCCGGUUAGGGAUUCGAAUUUUUCGAAGAGGAGGGGGAGUUAGGGUUUCGGAGGUUUUGAUUCGAAGCGUUUUGGUGAUUUUCAGGAGCUUUUUUUGGGUGAUUUUGAGGAAUUUGAUUUUCAGGAAGAGGAAGGUGGGAUUUCGAUGGCAUUCAAGUGAUUUUUGUGGAAUUUAGUGACAAGGAAUGAAAAGGGAUAAGGAUUUUUUACGAGAAACUUCUGUUUUCUGCUGAUUUUGGUAGUUUGGAUUCGAUCCCAUGUUUUGAUCUUUUGUGGAUUUAUUUAAAGAUUUUUGAUACUUUUAUCUUUAUUAAAGCUGUCUGAUGUGUUUUUAUUAAAAAAGCAGCUGUUUUUAGUACGAUUUGCUAGAAUUCAAGCUUUUGGGCAGUGAUUUUUAGGCCGAGCGGAAUUUAUUGGAAUUAAAUUCGUUUUUUUUUUUUUUUUUUCAUUUGAUUGUUCGGCCAAACGACUCCUCAUUUACAUCAUCCAAGUUGGAUUUUUGAGGAUUUGGGUUUUCGACAACAGUGAUUCCUGGAACGGACGGGAAAAGUACUGAACACGCUCCUUUUGGUUUUCUAUACUGGAAAUAAUCUCAAUUCUAUUUUGUAAAUUGUUAUUGCUGGAUUCGGCUGUUGGGUGAAUUUUAUCAUACAUCUCGAUAUCUUUGCGCGCUAUUGCUUUGAUUGGGAAGAAAUGGCUUUGGCCUUUCCGCGCCUUUCUUGGUGGUUGUGGGGUGGAAAAGAUCACGAGUCCACUGCUCCCACGGGUCCUGUCUUAAACGCGUCAUCGGAUUUUGGCUUGGGUUUGCGGGAGCCGGACUAUGUGAAGUUCCCUCCGGUUAAGGGAACGAAGAUGCACUCCACGUCGAGGAGAGUUAAGCGGAAGUGGCAGAGCCGGGAAGAACGGAGAAUUGACAGGGAAUAUGACCUUGUCCUGGUGCCAUCAGAUGGCGGGUGUUUGUCGGGGUCAGAGUCGGAUGAUUCUGAUUGGUCGAUAGGGUGGUUGGAGCCGCACGCUCCUGAUUUCCAGAGUGAUGAUGAGUCGGAGAGCAGCUUUGCGGUGCUUGUCCCGUGCUAUGGCCGUGGUCGUGGUGAGCUGGUGGAGAAUUCGAAGAACCAGCUGUUGGGUGCCAUCAUUUCAGCAAACCUCCAGAAUGGGUACUCUGCUGAUAGCGAGAAGUAUAUGGAAGAGUGGCUCUCUUCUCUCCAGAACAGCUGAGGUCGAAGACCAUUCGAUCAUCAGCUUGGCCUUCUUUAUUGAAAUGGUUCUGUUUCUCGUCCGUCGAAGAUCCUAAGAUGAUGUAAUAACAUGUGCAAAAACCCAAAAAAAGAAAAGAAAUAAAAGAAAAAUGAAGCUAAAGAGAGCGAGAUCUGGACUCGUCAAUCUCAGCCGGAAGGCGGCAAUUGCAAUGCAAGUGAAGAUCAGCUCUGAAUCUGAUUUCUGGAGUGAUGAUCCGAAUGCGGUUCUAAGAUAAAAGAAGGGUUUGAAAAAAAAAAAGAGAGAGAAGAAGGUACCCGUGCAGUCCUUAUUCCCAUUCUAUCUUCUCCAUCACUUUCCUCCCAGAAGAGUUGUAGGGUUUGGAUUGACAACAUCAUAUAUCCAACGACAAUGAAUGUCAGAGGAUCAUGCUUGCAAUUCUUUGUGUAAAUAACCCUGUGCAUAUGGAAACAUAUUUGCUUAAUUUUACAGUGUAAAUAACUCUUUUUUCUUCAUCAUGAAAGGGUGGCCCACCUGUUUAUAUUUGGCCAA